AUGAUACCAAGCUUACUGCUCUUAUCUCUACUGGUGGCAUCUCAAGUAGACGCUAAAUGGAUCUCUGAGAUCCCUAACGCACCCAGCAGAGGAUUCAGCAAGUUAUUUGCGAUUCCUACUUGGAUAUCGCAUAUUGAAGAUUACGACGAUGACGCCUUUAAUGCGACAACUAUCUUUACUGUCGUUAUCAUCGCUGCAUCUACCUUGUAUGCCUUAUACCACAUCUUUUGGGUCCAUUUGCCCUCAUUACCUCGCAGCCGCAGAGCCAUUGGUCCAUUUAAUGCAUUGAUCCUGCUGUAUCUCAUCUCAACAUUCUUUGCUUCAUUCACCUUUUCCAUGAUGAAUGCUGGCAGAAUCUGGGCAGCAUUUGGUGUGUUUCACAACUUGUUUGAAAUAGCACUGUUAUCACACAUCAUGCUGCGACAAAAGUCAUUGCUAGAGCGCAAUUUUGUUUCUGUUUGUUUUGUCUAUUUGUUGCUCACCAUGUUUGCCGUGAUUGUGCUACCAUGGCCGUUGGAUGCACUCUUUUUCAAAUUCCAAGGUCUGGCUACCGAUUUCGCAUUGAGCAUUGACCUGGGCCGUUUGUAUUAUCACAGCAAGGGGUUGUACAAAAAGGCCAGCGUAGGUACAUUGGUCACUACCACUGACGAUGAUUGCGAAUCAGUUGAUGAUUACACCAGAGACUGUGAUCAAUUGGUACAACAAUUACAGCAGCAACAAAAAGAGUUGAACGAUGAUUCAAGCAAAAAGUUGAAAUACCAAGUGAUGGUUGCUCCUCACUCCAAUGUCGCCAUCAUCUAUAUUGCUGCUGUAUUGCAUGCAAUCGGUAAUGCCUUGGUGACAUUUACGAAUCAUUUUCAUAUGUGGGUUGUUUUCCAAUUCAUUUAUGGUAUUUCAUUUCCCAUGUAUGCAUACUAUUGCAUUGCUGAACCCAAUGCAAGCCGUAUCAGCUGGUAUAAGGUGGACUACGCUAAGGAAGUCCUAGUCAUGGUGUCAGGCAUUACAUUGGCUGGCCUUAGCAUUGUCGUUGGCGUUUACAAUGCUGAUAUUCACCACUAG